UUGUUUUUAAAAGUUUUAGCCAUCUGAAGUGUGUAAUAAAACCUGUGCACAGUACUUUAGAUUUUUGUUUUAUAUUACCUGAGACAUACAGAGGCGACAAAGUAGACAAUAUCGGCAUUUCACACUGUGAUUUCAGGAUUCAUCAGGCUUGUUUGCCAGUUCCUCACUGCCCUGCUUUGAAAUCUAUCUUUAUUUCUAGGUAUGUCUCAAGACAGUCAACACGGCAAAUGGACCAUCUCCAGCAGUGAUGAUGAUGAGGACGAGGAUAAGGACCUGCUCACUUCCAGAAUCAAAACAUCGAAAGCCCACCAACUCUGUGACUCCAAUCACAGCCCCAAAGUGGAACCAGUAAAAGCUGCUGUUGGCACCAAACAAGAAAAAGAGGUGGUUGGUGGCUCUGAGGCUCAAAAGUCAGCUGCAAUUAACCAGAUAAAUCCAAUUAAACAUGAAUUUAGUCAGUCAUUGUCUGGAAAACGGAAGAAAGAGGUGUCAGAUGACUUAGGCUGGGCUCUGUCAGAUAGUGAUGAUGAUGAUGAUGGCAAAGUUGAGAAGAAACAUUCCAGUCAUUCAUCCAGAAGGACACCUCAGAGCUCCAAAUCAAAAAAAGUUAAGGUGAAGGAGGAUCCCCCUUCCAGCCCCCACGGGCGUACCUAUUAUAUUGACGAACCAGAUGACUGUUUUGAGUCGAAUGUUUCUUGUCUAAAUGACACAUACCGAUUCUACCUCAACAAAGUCACUGGGCUAGACAGCACGUACAACAGAGGAGCUCUGCACAUCCGUGAUGUCCUCUCUCCAUUGUUUGGCACACUGAAAGAAUCCGUUCAGUUUAACUACUGUUUUGAUAUUGGCUGGAUGUUGCAGCAGUACCCAUCAGAGUUCAGGGAUCGGCCCGUUCUGAUUGUCCAUGGGGAUAAGAGGGAGGCUAAAGCCCGUCUUGUCCAGCAGGCUCAGCCCUACCCUCAUGUCAGGCUGUGCCAGGCCAAACUGGAUAUUGCUUUUGGAACUCAUCAUACGAAGAUGAUGCUGCUUUGGUAUGAAGAAGGCUUCAGAGUCAUCAUUCUGACGUCUAACCUCAUCCGAGCAGACUGGUACCAGAAAACACAAGGGAUGUGGAUGAGCCCCCUCUUUCCACGGUUACCAAAGGGCAGUAGCCUGGGUGCAGGUGAGUCGCCGACCUUCUUUAAGAGGGACCUGCUGGAGUACCUGGCGUCAUACUGUGCACCAGAACUUGAGGAGUGGAUUCAACAAAUCAAAGAGCAUAACCUGUCAGAGACCAGGGUGUAUUUGGUCGGCUCAACUCCAGGGCGGUAUGUUGGUUCAGACAUGGAGCGCUGGGGCCAUCUGAAGCUGCGGAAGCUGCUUUAUGAUCACACAGAUCCUGUUCCUUCUGAGGAGAGGUGGCCUGUGAUUGGCCAGUUCUCCAGCAUCGGCUCCAUGGGAUUGGAUAAGACUAAGUGGUUGGCGGGGGAAUUUCAGCGCACCCUUACCACACUGGGAAAAUCCUCUCAUCGCCCCGACCCUCCUGUUCAUCUGGUGUAUCCUUCAGUGGAAGACGUGAGGAAUAGUUUAGAAGGUUAUCCUGCGGGGGGCUCCCUUCCAUACAGCAUCCAGACGGCUCAGAAACAACGCUGGCUCCACUCUUACUUCCACUGUUGGAAGGCAAAUACAACAGGAAGGACUCAUGCAAUGCCUCACAUCAAAACAUAUAUGAGGGCAUCACCAGAUUUCACUCAGCUCGCCUGGUUCUUUGUCACAAGUGCUAACUUAUCCAAAGCGGCGUGGGGCGCCCUGGAGAAGAACAACACUCAGCUGAUGAUUCGUUCAUACGAGCUUGGAGUUCUCUACCUGCCGUCGGCUUUCAACAUGAAGACGUUCCCUGUUCAGAAAAAUCAAUUUCCUGUGUCCUCAUCAUCAGCUGGUUUCCCUGUGCCCUUUGACCUCCCUCCUACAAGCUACUCUGCUAAAGACCAGCCCUGGAUCUGGAAUAUUCCCUACAGCCAGGCUCCAGACACACAUGGCAACAUCUGGGUUCCCUCCUGAACGUGCCCACACAUUUAUACAGCACUUCAUGUGAACACAGCUGGUCACAGUCCAAGAUUCAUGUAUAUUGGAUGGAGUAUAUUUGUGGUACAAAUUACAUUACCUGCCCCUCUCUGCAGCUGAGCUGGAAAAUAACUUUGCAAGCUGUAAUAUGGUAAAUGUGUAACAUAUUUGUCAUAUUCUCUGUUAAUGAUGACAGUGAUUUGUAGAGUUAAUGUAAACAUUGCCAUAAACACCACACACCCACGCGCAGUGGAAGUUAUGUUCACUCCAAGAUGUCUCAAAACACAAUGAUAUGGAUGUGAUGGAAAAAAAUCCCAAUAUUCACUUUUAUGUAACAGCUGAGGGGAUCCUUGUCAUUUGAUUGGUGCUUUGUAUGUCACAUGACAUGGAUUAUUCAUGUGACAUUUGUGUUGUUGUCACAUUCGUCCCUUUUGUGUUGCAUUGCAUUUAGAGUGGUUCCAUUUAUUGAUUAUCCAUUAUUUGUCGAUUUGGUUCCAUUUAGAGUGCAAAUUUGGUACCAUUGCACUCUACACGCACGCACGCAUGCACACACACACA